UGGAUGGGUUCAAGCUCGCGGUCGAUUGUCUGCCAUUGACCGAUCAAUGGAGACGGCUCGCCGGAGACAUGCUGGAGCCGCCGGCCUUGCCUUCGCUUCGGCCAUCCUUGUGAUCUUCGCCUUCUCAUGUGUGGAAUCUAAACCGGCGCGGGCGCGAACGCCAGGGGAUGCGUCUGGACCGGCGUCGGCACCUGCCCAUGCGCCUGCGUCUGGGCCUGCUCAGGCGGUAGCUUCUCACGCUCUGUUCAACUACGAGGAGAAAGACCCAACUGGGCCUGACCAAUGGGCCAAGCUGAAUAAGGCCUGGGCUGCCUGUGGCGACGGCAAGAAGCAGUCCCCGAUCGACAUCUGCAAAGUGAAGAUCGACAAGGACAUGGGCCCUCUGGAGCAGACCUACAACUCAAGCGCAUGCACACUGAAAAACCGCGGGCACGACUUCAUCCUGCAAUGGAAAGGUGGGAAUGGCAAGCUGACGAUCAAGAAGAAGGAUUACGUGCUCCAGCAGGUGCACUGGCACGUACCCUCGGAGCACACCGUCAAUGGCACCAGGUUCGACAUGGAGUUGCACAUGGUCCACGAGGACUCCAGCAAGGCGCGCGCCGUCAUCUCCGUGCUCUACUCCACCAAAGAGGCCGGCGACCCCGACAAGACGCUGACUGAUCUGGCGCCAUAUUUCAAGAGGCUCGCCGGCAAGGACAACGAGGACGAGGACGUGAAGGAGCCCGUUGAUCCGUCCGUCUGGAUCGACAAGGCCUCGGGCUACUACAGAUACGACGGCUCCCUCACCACGCCGCCUUGCACCGAAGGGGUUCUUUGGAACAUCCUCAGCAAGGUAAAACACGUAUCAAAGGAGCAUAUCAAGAUGAUGGAGUCGGUGAGCGAGGAACCUGAGCCAAAUGACCGGCCGGCUCAGAAAAUGAAUGGUCGAGUUGUUGGCUACUUUGAAGGCGAAGAAGCAAAAGAUUGACCAGCAAAGGGUGCCAAGAAAGAGAAGAAAGCUUAAGUAGGGGUAAUGCUCUCCGGGGCCGUGGAGCUGUGGCUCCGUUUGCCCUCCGAUUCAGCUCCGAGUAAAAUUUGCAUCAUAGUUAAAGCUGCAGCUGUGGACGGCGAAACAGCGGACCCAAUGGUGGAUAUCAUGGAUUUUCUUCAUCUCUUUGCUGCUAUGGUGCAAAGGAGAUAGGGGAAUUGAGAUGCAAAAUUUUGUUAACAUGGGCCAUAUUGCUACGGAGAGAAAAACUUUCAAUAUUGCACCUUGUAUUAUUUGUGUGCAGGUGUAAACCAAUUAUUGCUAGUACAAAUUUUUCAUGAAAAUGUAUCAUCAUUUAUGUGAGCAUUUCUCUGUUGGACUGAAUGAAGGGCUCACCUG